CCCCUUUCCUGAUUGUGGCCAAACCGUCUCUCCGGACUCAGCUUGCAACCAAACAGGACUUUUAACUACCGAAUGCAGAAGACUAGGAAUCAUGGAUAUGAAAUUCAAUUCCUCUCGGAAAUAUGUUUCUAUCAGCAUACCAUCAAAAUCCCAAGUUAUGUCACCACACAUCAAAUCAAUAGAUGAUAUAAUUGUCCUCGGAAUUAAUCUCAGCAAAUUUAACAAACCUACACAGUUUUUUAUUUGUGUUUUGGGAGUCUUCCUGUUUUAUCUUAUUUAUGGAUAUUUGCAGGAACUAAUAUUUUCAGUAGAAGGUUUUAAAUCCUUUGGCUGGUAUCUCACAUUAGUACAAUUUGGGUUUUAUUCCAUUUUUGGACUUAUAGAAUUACAGCUUAUUCAAGACAAGAGGAGAAGGAUCCCAGGCAAAACCUACAUGAUAAUAGCUUUUCUAACAGUGGGGACUAUGGGUUUAUCAAAUACCUCCUUAGGAUAUCUGAAUUAUCCUACACAAGUAAUCUUCAAGUGCUGUAAACUGAUCCCAGUUAUGAUAGGAGGAAUCUUUAUACAAGGGAAACGUUACAAUAUUGUAGAUGUUUCUGCUGCAGUAUGUAUGAGCUUGGGCUUAAUAUGGUUUACUCUAGCUGAUAGCACAAUUGCACCAAAUUUCAAUUUGACAGGAGUGGUCCUUAUAUCCCUUGCCCUCUGCGCAGAUGCAGUUAUAGGAAAUGUGCAGGAAAAAGCAAUGAAGUUGCACAGUGGCUCAAAUUCUGAAAUGGUUUUGUAUUCCUAUUCAAUAGGUUUCCUGUACAUUUUAUUGGGACUGACAUGCACUGCUGGCCUAACUCCUGCAGUAACAUUUUGUUCAAAGCGCCCAGUUCAAACAUACGGCUAUGCAUUCUUAUUCUCCUUGACUGGCUAUUUUGGAAUCUCUUUUGUCCUGGCUUUGAUUAAAAUCUUUGGGGCUCUUUUAGCUGUAACAGUUACAACUGGAAGAAAAGCAAUGACAAUUGUCCUUUCUUUUUUGUUUUUUGCAAAGCCAUUCACAUUCCAGUAUGUGUGGUCAGGUUUAUUAGUUAUCCUUGGCAUAUUUCUCAAUGUUUACAGCAAGAAUAUGGAUAAAAUCAGAUUGCCUUCACUGUGCCGUCCCUGGAAUAAAUCUCUGGAAGACAGAAAGACAAGGACGUUAUCCCAAACAGUAUAAAACUGGCCUGUGCCCUGUGUUGCACUAGACUGUUUGCUUCUGUUCUUUCACUGCAAUAGUCUCCAGCUGAAUCAUUUUCCAAAGGGAAUGAUGUUAAAACCAAAGGAAUUGAAGGCGCUUUUGUCUACAGAACUUUCUUUGAGCACUUGGACUCCCUUCUUGGAAGGGAUGGUUGAAGGAUGUCAUUGGACAAGGAGCGUGGAAAAAUAAUAAUUCUUGGGAAAGCUGCUAUUGAAAUUGCCUCUCUAAAUGGAGCAUUUGGGAGACCGAAUAAUGUGAUUAAUCUGGGCAUUUUAAUUGUGCAAAAGGUGCUUUGGCAGUGGCUGAAAUCAGUGGGCCUUGUUUUACUGUUGAAAUGUUUAUUUAAAUGUAAUUUUGCAUUGAAACUUAAUUGAAGCAAAUCAAACUUGAUUGAUAAAAGUGAAAAGUUUAAACCUUCAAGGUUGAGAUCAUUAUGCCAUUUUUUUUUCUUUUUAAAUAAUAAAAUCUAUCCCAGAUUGUUUUUAACCUUUGUUCUCAUUGUUUUAGCACUGUGGAUUUCUUCUGAGAAAAACUAGAACUCCUAAACCAAGAGUCCCCAAUCCC